CUUGUCUUCUGCUUCACUUCUGUCGUCUGUUAACGGAAGUCACGUGUGGUUGCUGUCACGUCCAAUACGCCGCUCAGACACAUGCGCUGCCGUUUCAACGUGUUCACGAUGAAGGAAACCGGCUCGAAAUGCUGUAGGAAGUAGAAACAAUGAUUUUUGACUGUUUAAUUUUUUGGUUUUGGAAAAUGGUUCGGAAGGAUAUGUUUUGACAAUGGCACUGACUCCUUCGUGGAUUAAGAACUUUGAACGUCCCCGAUCCUCGUCUGUCCAGCCGAAUAGCCAGGAAUACUGGGAUGCUGCGAAGAACAAUUUGUAUCAACCACUGAAAUGGCAACCCAACUACCAUCACGGUUCCAGUACCUCUCCUCUGACGGACAACGGGAUCUCGCCCAGCCCAUCCCAAUCCAAGCUGCCCCGCUCUAGCUUGGCAUCGCUUCACCCUAUUCUAGAAGAUGAAUUCAUGGACGGACCGGACGGCGCCGGCAGACAACUCACGGGUCGCCACAACUCUGCCUUCGAGUUGCAGGAUCGCCAGAGCGUGUCUGAUGUCAGGAGAUUCUCGGACACAGACAUUCUCAACGGACGCUAUCAGCGAAGGACGAAAAAUUCCGACAACGGGAACUACAGAAAGGCGAGAUCUUCGCCGAAGAGGAAGAGCGUGGAUUACUCGAUCGCAGACGACAAGAGCGAGAGGAGCGAUGUGAGAAGCGAGUCGAGCGCUAGGAGCGGGAGAUCGGCCACGAGCGACAGCUGUAGGAGCGAGGACACUCAGCUGAUGUCGGUGAGCAGCAGUCGUAAGUCCUCCAGCGACUACGACUCCUUGUCCACCAAGAGCGACAAGCGCGACAGUGGCGACGCUGGAAGGAGGAAGAGCGUCGACGUGGUGCGGGGAAGGAGCGCCUCGGUUGUCUCGAAGACAAUGCAGAGCGAUUCAGCAGCGGCCUUCGCCCAGAUCGAGAUACCGCUCGAGUUACUAGAGUCUCCUUCCAAGAGGCUGAAGCGAAUGCUGGGACCCGUGAUCAUGUGCAUUCUCGUUGUCACCCUGGCUGCCAGUCUAGGAGCGGCUAUUUAUUUUGCCACUGUCCUCAAAGAUACUCAACAACAGACAAUAGAAGAACUAGUUAAAGCUAAUCUUGAACUUCGAAUCAGAAGUGCCGCCCAGACAGAAGACCUCAGUACAAUGUCCUAUCAAAGACUUCGUUCCAUAGGAGACGGCUACUGUAAACAGAUGGACAUCUUCUAUAGAGAAAGUGCAGUGUUUAAGAAAACCUACAGAAGUUGCCACGUUAUAUCUAUAAAAAAUGGAAAAAUAAAUUUCACGUUAUUGUUCGACAAUCAGGAGAUUACUACGAAAGACAUUUUAAGGGUUAUCGAGGAGAAAGCAGAAAAGGUAGACGGGCCGACCGCUCGAGUCGCUCUGGUGGACAAGCUAAAAGUCGAACUGGGCAGUGCCAAGAUCAUCAUGGAGAGGGUCAAAAACCCGGACUCGGACAACCCUGAAGUUACCAAGACUGUUAUCAAGGAACCGGCGGUGGGACCUCUUCUUAAGAGCCGCGCGUCGGCAAAGCCGCUGAAAACAAACUCGACACCGUCGACGGAUAUAUCGGAGAACACGACGACAACAACCACGACACCAACAACGGAACGAAAUACAACGGAACUUAUUCGUUUUAUUGACGGUGUGACACAGGGGGAGUCGUGUGUAGGUAACCACGGCGGGUAUCUAGCCCACCACGCCGAGUGUAACCUGUUUUACCGCUGUCAGGAAGGAAACAAGAUCCUGUUUGCGUGUGCCGGGGACCUUGUGUUUGACAUCAACAAGAAGGUGUGCGUCCAUCGGUCGAACUACGACCUCUGUCCAGAGGAAGACACACACUCAACAGACCCUACGGGAUUUGACUGGGGAACGCACGACCCAUGGGACCCGUGCAAGACCAGCCCCGAGGUUGUGUACUUCCCCCACCCUAGAGAGUGCAACCUGUUCUUCCAGUGCAGCCACAACAUGUCCAUCGUCCGCGUUUGCCAGACCGGCCUGCUUUACGACUGGAAAAACAAGAUCUGCGUGCCCAAGUCGAACAACGUCAUCUGUCCCGACCCCACACAGAUAACACCCACGCGAGUCGAGCCGGGCAAUGAAAACAAAACCACAAAUAUCAAGUACCCAGCGAGACCAGUUUACGACCCGAUGCCUUGCAAGAAUGCGACAUCUUUGGAAAUAUUCCCCCACCCCGAUAACUGCAGUCUGUACAUCAUGUGCGAUUCCAGUGGUCAGCAAGCGACUGCCCAGUGUCCAGUCGGAAUGCUCUACGACCCCGCCGUGAAGGCGUGCACCAAAACAACGAAUCAAAUGCCGUGUCCGGAUAUCCGACCGUGUGUAUAUAAAUCCGGCGUGUACUUCCCACACCCGACAUUAUGUCACUUGUUCAUAUUCUGCAGCUCAGGGAAGGAGGUGGUGCAGACAUGCGCAAAGGGCAUGGUGUGGGACCCAACCAUUGACUCGUGUGUCCUGCGCACUGCAACUUCCGCCUGUCCACCGAAAGCAAAGUGAUGUUGCAUUGAGCACAAUUUAAAGUGAUGCUACAUGUUCAUCAUGACAUUCAAAGACAUCUCACACAUCUGUGAAAAUGGUUUCGCUAGUGAGACAGUUCCACUAGUGCUGGACAAUCAUAUGACUUGGGUUUGUAACAAUUGUUCCAGUUAAUGGAGUCAAAAUAGGGCGGCUGGCUGUUACGGUAUUUUGGUUUUUUAAAAAGACUUAUUUUAAUAUAUACUGAUGGAAAGAAAUAAGGGAACACAUCGAAUUGUAGACCAAAUUUAAUUCACAACUAGCGUAGUAAUGUCUGUAUUUCAUAUCAAGUUGUAAUGUGGGAUUCAAUGUCUGUAGUAUUGAAUGUGCUGUCUAUAUGUUCCCAGUCCAUUUCUGAUAAUAUGAAUUGAUUUUUGAUGCAGUCAUUAUUUCUUGUUGCUAUCUGUGUGAUCCUUUAAUUCUUUCCAUUAGUAUCCUUAACGAAAAACGAAAACCCGCACGUAUUCGUAUGGGAAAUUGGAAUGAAACUCUUUUAACGUGCUUACAUCCAAUUAAGGUUCAAGCACGCCAAUCCCGGGCUUAGUCUCAAACUGUUUGAGAUAAAUUAGAUGCUUAAAAACAAAUUUGAGUGAAUUAAAAAGGAAAAUCCGGAUAUUUGGCAUCAAUUCCGAAAUUCCGAGUACGUAAUGAAAAUUCCGGAAUUUUCGGAAAAUUCCGGAAAGUUGGUCGGCCUGCAAACAUCGCCAGUGAUUAAGUCCGGGACAGGAAGCGUAUUUGUAAAACGAUUCCUAAUUUCAUAUUUAUCACAACAGUCGAAAUGGCUGCAUAAAAUCAAAUAGUCCAGUGUAAGCUAUGUGGUUGAUAAUAAACUUCACAGUUUAUACACUCGAUGACUAAUAGUAUAUAUGAACUGUAUGCAUAAAUAUUCCAUAUUUACAGUGAGACGUUACAUGAACUCAAACAACAACAACACAUCAACCAGAAGAGUAGAAACCUAGGAUACAAACAGAAACAAACUCAUUUUUCCCUUCAGUUGUUAAAUAUUUAAUUAUUUAUUUAAAAAAUAUUUAUUUUUAAAUUAUUUCUUUCGUUUCGAAUAUACCUCCAUUAAACAUUAAAGUGCUUGCAACAUUUCCUAAAAAAAAAAAGAGUAGUCUUUUGUCCUUGUUUUGCUAAAAAUGUAGAUUUUUAUCAGUACAUAUGACAUAAUACUAGGAAAUAGAUCACUCUAAUGCAUUGUAGUAUACACAUUGUAAUAAUUAGGUUGGUUUUAAGGCGUGGCUAAAUAAAACAUUGACCUCUGGUAGGUCAUACCAUUUUGCUUAUGAGUAUUUAUUGUCAGUGUUCUGUGAUGUGUUAUAACUUUAUAUACAUAAAAUGCAAUUGCUUGCGGAUGUUUUAUUAGCUUCGCCAGUUACACUACAAAUGUUUUACAUACAACGUCAUAAUUACACAUUUCGCCAAAGUUACAGUUGGUGGCAUCGGAGGAUGGCAUCAUAACAAUGUAAAACUUGAAAUUUCAGGGUAACUAAUGAAUGCUGAUAAAUCGGCCGCAUCUUAAUUGCAUUUUAUUAGUUUGUUAUAUACUACUUAACAAUAUUUUGUAUAUUUAACUGAUAAUGAUCUGAUUAAUUUUGAAUGCAACGCAGUGCUUUGUUAAUAAAAUCGUGUUAGACAUAAUAUUAUGAUCAUGUACAUAUACUUCAUAUUCAACAGUAUGACUUAAAAUAAAAUUGGUGUUAU